GGUGCGUUGUGGGAGCGGCGCUGAGAUGGCGGCGGGCGCCGCCGGGCUGAGCUGGAGGCGGGUGUCCUCCUUCACGGGGCCGGUGCCGCGCUCCCGCCACGGGCACCGCGCGGUCGCCAUCCGAGAGCUGCUCAUCAUCUUCGGCGGCGGCAACGAGGGCAUCGCCGACGAGCUGCACGUCUACAACACGGUUACGAAUCAAUGGUUCCUUCCUGCUGUAAGGGGAGAUAUUCCUCCAGGCUGUGCAGCACAUGGAUUUGUUUGUGAUGGUACCAGAAUAUUAGUUUUUGGAGGAAUGGUUGAAUAUGGAAGAUACAGCAAUGAUUUAUAUGAAUUGCAGGCAAGUCGAUGGCUCUGGAAAAAAGUAAAACCUCAAGCUCCUUCAAAUGGAUCACCACCCUGUCCUCGGCUUGGCCACAGCUUUUCUUUGUAUGGUAACAAGUGCUAUUUAUUUGGUGGCCUGGCAAAUGAAAGUGAAGAUUCAAAUAAUAAUGUUCCCAGAUAUUUAAAUGAUUUCUAUGAACUGGAGCUGCAACAUGGGUCUGGCGUGGUCGGCUGGAGUAUUCCUGUUACCAAAGGAACCUUGCCAUCUCCCCGAGAAUCUCACACAGCCAUAGUGUACUGCAGAAAAGAUGUGGGAAGCCCGAAGAUGUAUAUUUUUGGAGGCAUGUGUGGCUGUCGGCUUAAUGAUCUCUGGGAACUUGACAUAGAAACCAUGACCUGGUCAAGACCAGAAACCAAAGGGACAGUACCACUUCCUCGCAGUCUCCAUACGGCCAAUGUAAUAGGAAACAAAAUGUAUGUUUUUGGUGGAUGGGUUCCACAGUCAGCAGGAGGUGAAAUUUCUGCUCCUGAUGGUGAAUGGAAAUGCACCGGUUCCUUUUCUUACCUUAAUUUGGAUACCACAGAAUGGAUAGGUCUGAUCUCAGAUUGCCAGGAAGACAAAAGUAACUUGUUACCAGGGCCAAGAGCAGGACACUGUGCUGUAGCUGUUGGCACUCGUCUGUAUAUCUGGAGUGGUAGAGAUGGCUACAGAAAAGCUUGGAACAAUCAAGUUUGCUGCAAAGAUCUUUGGUACCUUGAUACUGAGAGACCUCUAGCACCAUCACAGGUACAGCUGAUCAGAGCUACAACCAACUCUUUUCAAUUGAAGUGGGAUGAAGUACCUACAGUUGAAGGAUAUCUUCUUCAAUUACAUGCUGACUCACCAGUGCCACCGGUGGCUGGAAUUCCUGGUACUGGCGUUCCUGAGACAGCAGUGCUGAGUUCACAAGGUGGCUGUUCUCUCCAUCAGAGUCCACAAUCAUUGUCUAGUGUCCCUUAUCCAGAAAUGAAGGUGGAUCAUCCCAGCCAAGCAAAUAAUCUCAUUCCUAAUAACGUCCAAGUUGCCCUUUCAUCCAGUUCAAAAGCAGAAGGAAAAGAAAAGGUUGCAGCACCUGAAAACAAGGUUACACAGGAGACUCUGAAAAACCACACAGAUGCUACAGGAUUCAAAGAAUCAAAUGCCCCUUCCGUUUUGCCUGUUUGUACUUCAAGUGCUCAGACAUCAGCAAAUGUAGGUGAAUUACAUGCCUUGGACAAACAAAGUGUAAAUCCUGAUGCUUCUGUAUCCAGUACUGUCUCCAGCGCACAAACUAUGGUAACCCAGCAGGCUGUUAAAACUGAAUCAUCAAGUACAAAUGGGGCUGUUGUUAAAGAUGAAACUUCACUAACAACAUUCAAUUCAAAAUCUGAAGCUGCUGAAACUGCUUAUGUCAUGCCUUCAACAAGGGUCAAUACUGGACAGACAAAUGAUUCGCACUCUUCUAGAGCUGCCCAGAGGCCGCCGGUGAAAACCAGGGACCGCCGGUGGUAUGAUGUGGGAAUUUUUAAGAACAACACUGCUGUGGUGAGCCAGUUCUACUUGCUGCCAGAGGAAACACUGAACAUCAACAGCAAGACGGAAGGUGCAGAUGUACCAGACUACAGAUUACUUAAGAAACAGGAUCUGUUUCCAGGCACAGUAUACAGGUUCAGAGUUGCUGCAAUUAAUGGCUGUGGUGUUGGGCCUUUCAGUAAAAUCAGUGAAUUCAAGACAUGCAUUCCAGGUUUUCCUGGAGCUCCUUCAACUGUCAAAAUUACCAAGAGUGUAGACUGUAUUCAUCUUUCUUGGGAGCCUCCUGCUUCACCCUCUGGAAAUAUUUUAGAAUAUUCUGCCUACUUAGCCAUCCGUUCCACGCAAUUACAGGAAAAUCCAAAUCAGCUUGUAUUUAUGAGGAUAUACUGUGGUCUUAAAACCUCCUGCAUAGUGACUGCUGCCCAGCUUUCCAAUGCCCACGUGGAUUACACCUCCAGGCCUGCCAUAGUGUUCAGGAUUUCAGCCAAGAAUGAGAGAGGCUAUGGCCCGGCCACGCAGGUUCGGUGGCUCCAAGGUAAAGUCACUGUCACACACUGCCUUUGAGCAGAGCAGGAGCUGUGCAUUUCUUCCAGAACCAAUGCAGCACUUGAAAUGUUGGUUUGUUCCUUAUGGGAGUUUAUGCAAUUCUAGUUUUGUUGCUUCUGACUUCUCUAGAAUUCACUUCAGCUCAGAAGUUUUUCAGUCCAAUAAGUGAUCCAGUUAUGUGCGUGAUGUAGAUGACAUACAGUGUAAUCAGGGCAUUUUUUAGUAUUUACGCCUGAAAUAAAAUUAGUGUUAGCCUGGUCAGUUCUGGCUUGCCAAUCUAGGGUCUCAAGUUUUGCCAGAUUCUCAUCCUGCUCCUUCCCGUUUCUGGCUUAGCUUUGUUGGGAGCUGGCUUUGCUGAGCAAGAGGUGCUGUGGGCACAGAGGAGGGUGGGAAGGGCAGAGUGCUAACCCCUUUGGGCAGCAGGGAACUGUGGUGUGGGGGUAGCUGACCUCAUGCUGGGCUGGGACCCACCUGUUGAAUGCUCCACUGCUUGGUUUCUAACAUGUGGUUUUCUAAGAUGGGGAGUGACAACGAAGAAGUUGUCUUCUGUGAUGUGAUGUUAAGUAUUUCAAUGCUGUUUUAACCCUUUAAUUAGCAGGGAUUUUGACCAUGACCUAGAACUCUGAAACAGUGUUUGUGUGAAAAUGUUUGACUGUGUACACUCAAAUGUGAAAUUAUGAAGCAUUUAACAAUAUCUCCUUUGUUUUUCAGAUAUGAAAGCAUCAGGCUCAAAGUAGAAACAACUUAAAUCUCAAGUUUUGAAUGUAGUGUUUAAUGUAACUCUUGUACUAUUUGUAAAUGCUACAAAUAUUUUAUUUUUGCAUUGUUUUUAUCUUAAAAAUAUAUAACCUUUUUUACGUUUGACACAUCAAUGUUGUAGAGCCUUGCUCAGGUAUGAGUAUCAUAUAGAAAAUAUAUCAGAGAUGGUGGGGUGGAGGAUCACACUCUAUCCAGCAGCUCCUUUUGUUAGUGAUGAGUUAAAAUGUAAAGAACACAGAGUUUAAAAUCAAAAAUGAAUAAAACAAUUGGCACAAGUAGUAGUAUUUGAGGUAGAGUCCCCGGGAUUGCUACAGAUCUUGCAUAGAUAAUUCAUAAGAUUUGGGAUAUGAGCAAAUUCUGUUUGGUUUUGGUUCUCUAUACCACAUUCCUCAUUGUGGUGCCUGAGUACAAGGCAAAAAUUUCCAGUUAUUAUAUAGUAACUUAAAAUGUAUAAAUAUUUUAAUAUAUACUUUUUUUGUAAAGAAAUGAUUUUUUCUACUAUUUGUAACAAAUAUCUUAAUCUUGAAAGAUAGCCCCUGAAAAUUUAAAAGGAAAAAGAUAAACUUAUCCAUUGCUCUUAUUACAAAAAACGUAAAUCCAUUGUAAAUGCACUACUAUUACUUAAAAUUAUCCUUUUGUAGUUGUACAAAUCUUAAACUUGUAAAUACUGGUGUUUACAAGAGACCUUUCUGGUCUUGUAUUAAAACUUCCAUGAGAUUCAUUCUCUUUUUUUUUUUUUUAAUCCAUAUGCUUUGCUUUUUAGCAUAUGCUUGCUUUUUGCACUAAUAAUAACUUACCUCAUUCCUGUGUUAGUAAUCACUUGUGUUGCUUCCAUAAUGUUUCUGUAAAACUUCAAUCUGAAAAUUUUAACCAAAGUUUAGAAUACAUGGUAAGCAAUUUUGCACAUAUUAUAUGGCAACUUUCAACAUAUUUAUUCCAGUUAAUCUUCUUAAGUGCUUGUUUGCUUUACCAAUAUAUUCUACCAAUCAAGUUCAGUAUCUCCCUUUUACUAUGCAUCAUUUUACAUUAACUAGCUAGCUGAUAAAAUCAACAAGCAUUAUUUCUAGGAAUAGGUUGAUCCAUUCCUAUGCGAAAAGAAAAAAAUUGUUAACAGUAGUGAAAUAAAGGUAAACAUUUUAAGUGCUAUUUAUGUACCUAUAUAUAAAACUGUGUUUGCCAAAGUGUAGAGGAAAAUGGCUGAGUUGGACAAGGUCACUAGGUAAAUAGAUUGAGUCACCUAAAUAAGAUUUAUUUUAAAAUAAAAUCUAAAUUAUUUACUGUGCAAUGAAGUUUAUACUUUGCACUUUAAUUUUGCCCCAAAUGCCAAAAGAUUAUACAUCAAGGUAGAAUUUCUUGCCUCUUCCAGUAAAAUUUGUCUUAAGAGCAUUUGUAAAUAUAUAAACUAAAAUCAAUGAUGUGCCUGGUUUGGUGGGAGAAGUAUCACUAAAAUAGUAGAGAUUUAGCAGCUCAAGUCUCCCAGAGCAGAUUUAACAGCCAAGUCUUGGCUGCCCUGAGAGUCGGGGUUAUAACAAAGUGCUGGUACAGCCUUAAUUGUUGCAAUGCAUCACAUGCUCCAAUGGCAUCUAGAAAGUGCUGGGGACCAUAAAUGGCUAUAAUAGUGUUAAUUGUGGCACAGGAGUUACACGUGGUUUGACUCCGGAGAAGAAUCAUGUUUUUAUGACAAUGACAGAUAUCCCAGUUUCACUUUAAACAGUGUUUAUAGUAUGAAUGUAUAGGACUUUUCCUGAAGUUAACUGGCUUUAAGAUGUUUGUGUUUUAAUGGUCCAUUUCGUCAGGUAGGAUCUCACUACCAAUACUGUCUGAUAACUAAAGUACCAUACACAUGAACUGUCAACUAGAAGAAUAUUACUUGGUUUUUCUUAUUAGUACUGUGAAAGAAGCCUUUAGAGAAAACACUUGUGGCUUUGAUUUUGUUGGUUGAUAGCUGUGAUUGUAGAGUUAUUUAAGAAUAAAACCUGUUGGGUGUGUCUGGGUGGAGUUUUUUUGCACUUGGUUUCACAUGCUUUGCACAAUUUCUUUUUUCAGUGAGUGUGUCACAACUACCAAAGGGUAAAACUGUGGCGUUUUCAAUGACAGUAUAAUUUCCUUGUGAGUGUGCUUUCUUCAGCUGACUUGACAUAAGAUGUCACUUUCUCUUUUUUGUCCAAGCUGGAUAACAUUGAAUAGUGAUCAUAUGCAACUCUUCAGUUGCUCACAGUUUUACUUUAAACUGAAAUUGUGGUACACACUGUAAAAUACACUUUGUGGUCUGUUUUUAGAACUGUAUUUAUAAUGUCUAAAUCCCACCUGUUUGCCUAUCAACUAGAUAUCAGACAAAUAUUGAUUGUUUGAUUUUAAAGUUUAGAAGACUGUUGACACCAGCUCUUUGAAACUCCAUGUCAUCCAUUUGUUUCAGAUACUGCUAAAGGACAUGUGACAGAAGCUGAAAUCUAGCAGAUUACCAUAUCCAUAUUGUAGAAAUGUCUAGUUUUACUGAACUCCUUAGGGAGGUUGUGACUGUGUAAGCAUAGGACAGUUGUGCCAGUUAUGGCAGCCACUGCUACAGCUUCAUCUUCAGAAUGUUCUUGUGAAAGUGGAAAUGAAGUGAACAAUAACCUACACUUUGUGUUUUCAAAGUAAUUAUAGCAAUAUCUUUUGAAUGUAGUUUGGAGUAGAGCACAUGAUCAUGCCAUAAACUCUGAAGAUAUAGUAAGUAUUACUGUUGUUAUCUGAUUAUUUCAGGAUAGCCAAUUUGACGUGAACUUAAUCUUACAGCCUGUUACUUUAUGACCUCUACAAGGAAACUGACAUUUUGUACAAUACAAGUUGAUUAGUCUUAUUUUGAAGCAUUGUUUGUUCUUUGUAAUAAAGUGGUUGUCCUAUCAAAUGCAUUGUAAA